UCACAGCUGAUUGGAAAAGUCUGCAUUGAAUUUGAGAUUUUCAUUGGAAAAUAAACAAUAAAAUAUAUCUUACUAAUGCAAAAUGUCUGAUUCCGUACACAGUGAGGCACCUCCUUCGGUGCGUUUGACAAACGAUGAUUUUCGUAAACUUUUGGCUACACCACGAGCACCGCCUGGUGGAACAACUGGCAAUUUAGCCACCGCCACCUUUGCAACUCCCGGGGCACCAGCCUCUUCGGAAAAAAAGAAAACCCAUCCCAGCAGCAGUGAACGUGGAGACUUGCGGCGGAAAAAGAAAAAUUUCUAUGCUGCUUUGAAAAAACAAGAAGACAACAAAUUGCAAGAGUUGUCUGAGAAGUAUCGUGAUCGUGCCCGUGAGCGGAGAGAUGGGGCCAAUCCCGAUUAUCAAAAUGUAGGAACGCCAGGACACAGCAGUACUACCAAUGCUUACAGAGCUGUGGCACCCGACAUGAAAUCAGGAAUUGAUGCGGCGGAAAGGAGAAGGCGUAUUAUACAGGAAUCCAAAUUUUUGGGUGGUGACAUGGAGCAUACUCACUUGGUGAAAGGUUUGGAUUAUGCCCUAUUGCAGAAGGUGCGGUCCGAGUUGCAUGUUAAAGAGCAGGAGGAGCGUGAGUUGGCAGCCGCUGCUGCCGCUUCAGAAAAGAUGAAAAUGGCUGAAGCCGCAGCAGCAGCUGAGCGCUUGGAGGCUGAACGUAGAGAAGCAGAAGACAACAAUAUGAACAUUAAAGGGCCUAUGGCGCGUAACAUUUAUAAUUUAGUGCAAGCAAGACGCUCCAAGGAAGUACAACGCUGUGAACUCUUUGCUCCGGGACGUAUGGCGUAUGUUAUUCAUUUGGAAGAAGAUGAUACCGGGGAGACGGACAUACCCACCACUCUAAUUAGAUCUAAAUAUGAAGUACCCCUAAAUAGGGAAGAUGCUGCCACCUUAACCACAAACGAUAUUGUUAUAAAUAAACUGUCACAAAUUCUCUCAUACCUCCGUGCAGGAGGACGCAAUAAGAAAAACAAGAAACGUGAUAAAGACAAGCCUUUGUUCCAUGAAAGAGAUAUACACGAGCUAAAUUCUACAUCAAAAACACUGCAUAAAGCCCAGCCUGCAGGUGAUUCCAUAUAUGAUGAUAUAGGAGACUACCAGCCAACAUUGAAACCCGACAACAAAUCCAAACCUGACAAAUAUUUACAGCCACCCACAGCAGGGGCUGGGGCAGCUAAACCCGCCACAUAUUUCAAUGAGGCAAAUAAGGUGCCCGAAGAAGCAGAACCUCUUAUAACCACUAUACCUCCGCCUCCUAAAAUCAACAAAUCAAUAGUAUCGCGUUUUGCCAAUGAACCCGAAGGUUAUGCUGAAUGUUAUCCCGGUUUAGAAGAGAUGAACGAUGCAAUAGAUGAUUCUGACGAUGAAGUUGACUAUACUAAAAUGGAUCUGGGCAAUAAGAAGGGUCCAAUCGGACGUUGGGAUUUCGAUACUCAGGAAGAGUACUCUGACUAUAUGAGUACAAAAGAAGCUUUGCCCAAAGCGGCCUUCCAAUAUGGUGUGAAAAUGCAGGAUGGUCGUAAGACACGCAAAAAUAAAACAGAAAAAAGUGAAAAGGCAGAAUUGGACAGAGAGUGGCAAAAAAUUCAGGGUAUCAUACAAAAACGUAAAACUAAGCCUUCUUCAGAUGAACCUGAUUACAAACAAGCUAAAUAUUAGCGAAAUAUAUACCACAUACUACAUGCAUAUAUUCUCAGGCAUAUUUUUAAAAUGCUAUCGUCAAAAAUUACUAUAAAUAAAGUUGAGAACGAAAAUUAACUAUUGAA